AUGGCUUUCCUGAUGAAGAAGAAGAAAUUCAAAUUUCAGACAAGUUUUACUCUGGAAGAGCUGACUGCUGUCCCCUUCGUCAAUGGCGUUCUGUUCUGUAAAAUCAGGCUGCUGGAUGGAGGAGACUUUGCUAGCUUGUCUACCAGAGAGGAAGUGCAGGAAAACUGUGUCCGCUGGAAAAAGAAAUUCACCUUCGUGUGCAAAAUGAGUGCCAACCCCGCCACAGGGCUCCUGGACCCCUGCAUCUGCCGAGUAUCUGUGCGUAAGGAGCUGAAGGGCGGAAAAACCUACUCCAAGCUGGGCUUCGCCGAUCUAAAUCUGGCAGAAUUUGCGGGCUCUGGAUCCACUGUCCGUUGCUGCUUGCUGGAAGGAUACGACACCAAGAACACGCGACAGGACAACUCCAUCCUAAAGGUCACCAUCGGGAUGUCCUUGCUCUCAGGGGACCCCUGCUUCAAAACGCCGCCUUCCACAGCCAAAUCCAUCACCAUUCCGGGGCAGGACUCCACCCUGCAGCUCACCUGCAAGGGCGAGGGAACCACAAGCAGCAACAGCACUUCAGCCCCAAUUGGCUCUCUGCGUCAGAGCAAGCCGCGAGCAACCAUCCUCAGCUCGGCAGGUGUCCCAGAAGAACCCGAUCAGAAUCUGUCCAGCCCCGAGGAAGUCUUCCACUCGGGGCACUCGCGGAACUCCAGCUACGCCAGCCAGCAGUCCAAGAUCUCUGGUUACAGCACAGAGCACUCCCGUUCUUCUAGCAUGUCCGACCUGACCCACCGCCGCAACACCUCCACCAGCAGCAGCGCGUCCGGAGGGCUCAGUAUGACGGUGGAGUGCCCCGAGGGAGAGCGCGACCACAAACUAGAGAAGCCGCCCCGGCCCCCCAGACCAGCUCUUCUGCUGGACAGACCCUCUCGGAGGAAAAAGGAUUCAGUGGAGAGUCAUCCAACCCGAGUGGAUGACACCAGGAUCGAUGCAGAUGAUAUAGUGGAGAAGAUAAUGCAGAGUCAGGACUUCACAGAUGUCAGCAAUACUGAAGAUAGCAACCUGAGGUUGUUUGUGAGCAGAGACGGAACAACUACACUGAGCGGUAUUCAGCUGGGAAACAGGGUCUCGUCUGGAGUUUACGAGCCAGUGGUGAUUGAAACCCACUAAAUGUGAAGAACAGGGUAGAGCUGCUGGAAACAGGCCCCCUACCCGGUCCGCUGCCACAUGGAUGCCAACCUUUACCUCUCUUCAUGCAGCAUUCCAGAAGGGAUUUCUCCACGCCCCUCCCCGUACGUUUGCACUGCAGAACUACUCCGAGACCACUCCAGACCGUGCACUUUCCCUGUCGGCAGUACCCUCCUCCGCUUCCCAGUUCUUCCAGUGCCUGCCCUCCCCUGUUCCCAAGCAGGCGCCAGGUGUCUGUUGGACGUAUCCUUAGUCCUAGAGGAUGUUGCUCUUCUGCACCCCUCAUUGCACCCGUCCAUUUGCAACAGGGGACGUCUCAGCUUUGUCUCCCCAAAACAUUGGGUUAUACCACUGUGAACUCUUCAAACCACUGGGGGAGGGGGAAACCAUUGUAACCAAACCAAGAGCUGCUUGUUGGUGACACGGCGGAAGGGCCGCUUGCAGGAUGCUUUAUACAUUGACUCUGCAAGGGAGCAUCACCUUCCAAGGCAACAGUUUUACUGAACGAGGUAUGCUGUGGUGUGCACUUCACCUGGCUACCCUCAGAUCCCCAAACAGCUUCUUAUAGGAAAUAUCUCCCGAAAGUGCAUUUCAGAAAAUUACUGCAAUCCAGAUGGGAGCUGAUUAAAUGGUUAAAUGCUUGUUAUACCACUAACUGCAUCGUGCCCUUCCACUGCUGGGCAUGGAAGGGCAGUGCUCACCUAUUAGCAUUACCAGGAGCACUUUAGAGGUUCCAGAUUUUACCUGGAGGAGGCUUAUACUUGCUUUUCCAGGGUUAUAAUCCACGUUUGCUGGACUGAUUCAGCAAAUAGUUACUGUUGGAGCUUGGAAUACAAAACCUCUUUUUUUUUUUUGGCUCAGGAAGGGAGCUGCCCUUCUUGGACUGUGAAAAGAUUCUCGUUAUCUGACGGCCCUCCCUGGGCCGUGCAGUUAUCUGCAGCGGUCUCUCUGGUGGUGGUGGUAACAAUUGCCUCUCUCGGCCUGGGCCAGUACGGGAGUCGGUGUUGGUUGGCCUUUCUUGACCUGUCAGCAGGGAUCUACGCCUGAGCUGGUUCUUUUUGGGGCUGGGGAGAAGUAGGGCAAGAUGAAGCCCCCGUCUUUGCCUUCAGAGGUAGGACAGGUGUUUCCUGCUGCGUUAGCCACAGCAGCCGUUCCUACCUGCUCCGUGGCGAGUCAGCUCUGACAAGGCUUCAAACUCUUUUUCUGGUUGAUCCUUCAAUUGUUCCUCUUUGGGUUUUUCUGCAGUUGUUUGACACUUGAGCUGCCUCCUUGCAGCGUGUGGCAGAGCUGUCAGUCCCUUUCAGCUCCCACUGAUAGAUUCUCCUGGCAGCUGCGUUGCAGACGGGGAUCUCUGCAGACUCCAGCCGCGGGCUGUGCUUGCAGCCCUUCCUGUACAGAGACUCGUGGCCUGUAAGCUAUUUCUGUGUAGUGCCCUUUCCUCUUUUGCCGGUGUACUGUAGUAGCACUCAGCAGCCAUGCACUUUGAGUAACGGCGCGCUCCUGGCCCCGCCGGGAGCGUGCCCUCCUCUGACACACGUGUGCGUGCACACUCACGGGCACACACCUGCCCUGCUCAGCAAGGAAAGACUUGUAAUUGAUCACGUUGUUGUUCAAGCUUAGUUAUUGUAAAGCCUUCUUAAAAAGAAAAAAAAAAAGGAUUAAUAGUGGUCUCUGUGGCCAGAAUGCAUGCAGAUGAGCUACUGGAAAAGGGAAUUUGGCAGAACGAGAGAUGAGGAAUUAAAAAGGGCCUUGAUUUUAAUUUUUCUUGUUUUUUUUUGCCCUGCUAGCUAAGGAUGGCUGCAUGGGGAGGGUGUUAGGCAGUGUGGCAAAGCCAUACAGCUGCUUACUCUGUUUUGAUGGUUCCUGUCCUCAAGUCCAGAGGUUUCUUUCUGUGUUUGGACAGACCACACGUAGGAUAUGGAUCUUUUUCACCCCUUUUGCUUCAAAGGGAGUUAAAAUUUGGGUUAUGGUUCAAAGGGUUACAGACACCACUUCGGUUUGGUUUAAUGUAGGGAAAAGGUAUUGAUCUUUUGAGUCUGUCUAAAACAAAAGCUCUUUCACACUUUCUGGUGUUUUUAACUGCGAUCUCUUCUCCAUUCAGUCUGGGGAGGUUUGGCACUCGCUCGCAGGCUGGGGAGCUUCCUGCCCGCUCUGGGUGAGAGGUGCCCUGUGCCGGGGGUGCUCGCAGGACAGGGAGAGCUGCUGCUUGCUUUCUUCACUCCCUGAGGCUCUGCCAGAAAGCUCGGCCUGGCCUGACCCUCUGUUCAGGUCAGUGUGAGGGCAGAAGCACACGCAAACAGCAACGGGUGUCCUUGCUCUGCCCUCAGGUAGCUGUAGCGGGAGCUGGGGGUCAGGCUGCUCCCCGGGGCACAGCACCUGCUGGAAAUCGGGUCCGGCAUUGCAACCAGGACUUGAAAGGGGCAGAAAUAAGCUAGGAAAGAGGCCAAACCCAGCUCAGUUCUGCUGCUUUGCUUCUAUUCCCAUGAAAAACAAUGGUAGUUGCUGUCAGAGCAACUGGGAGCCAAGGGCUUUCUCCUGGGCUCCAGUUGGCAAGAGUCUGUUGCUCCGAGAUGCUGGCAGCGAGGCAUUGUGAAUCUCCUCUUCCAGCAGAGCACGGGGAGCAUCAGUUGAGCUUUUCAGAAAGCUGCUCUCAUUCCCCCCAGGCUGGCAGUUGUAACCUGCUCCAUCACAUAGCUGUGGCCAGCCUGGGCAAGCCUCUGGCUUCUCUUCCAGCUGCUCGGCACAUCACUGCUCGGGUUUUUGGUAACGGUGUCUCGCAGGGUGUGUGUCUCUUGUCUCCACAUUAGUAUUGACUCCACGGAUCCUGGCCGUUUUAUUUUCCAGCUCUCCCACCCUUCAUUUUGAGUAAGAAGGCAGCGCUAGUCGUUCAGCCUAGUGCAGCACAGCCAGGGCUGGAGUGCCCGGGAGGGCCCUGUGGAGAGAGGGAGGAAGGAAGGAGCAGCCUGCUUCUAGCUCUAGACCUCACGCGGAGCUCCUGCUGCGUAUCCACCACGAGCGGUGCCCAGCAGCAUCCCUGGUGCUGGUGGAGGAAGCUGGUGUGGAAGUGGGGUCCAGCAGCCACUGCUGUCUCUUGGGAAGCUGCGUCUCGCGAGCACUUUUUCCUUGUUGGCAUCACUGCCGUCUGUUCCUUGUUGGGCUUUGAACAUUUAAGAAGUGAAUCAGUUUCCAGACCCAAACCGCUGGCUAGUUUCUUUUUUUUUUGUCUUGAAGUUUAUUGAUUUUUUUUUAUAAACCCAGCAGGCUGGUGUUUUUUUUUUUUUUUUUUGACUGCGUUAUUGUUUCAUUGAUAUUUUAUUCCUGGGGGGCCGAGGGGGGACUUUCUUCCCUACAUUGUUCCCUUUCUCAGGGGAUUCAGAGGUGACUUAAACGAGUAAAAGGACCUUAUUGGCAAGCCCCUGCAUCCCCUGGGUCUCGGAUGCUGGUGAGCAGGGCUGCCCAUGCCCGGCUGGCCCUGGAGAAGCAGAGCUGGCUCUCUGCUCCCGUCUCAGGGCCAGGCAAAACGUGUGGGCCCUGCCCUCAGUCUCUGGACCCCUGGUUGGUGGAGGCCUGUUGCAAAGGCAUGGGAAAUUUCAAUGUAAUUUUUUUUACUAACUUUUUUUUUAAAAACGGUAUGAGUGGAGUGAAUGUCCAGGACGGUAGGCUUAGUUGUGAAUUGCUGAAGGAGGUGGGUUUCAACUGGAAAUUGUGAUGGAAAAAGGGGGAGAAGGAUGUUGCCCCUCUGUCUCUAUUUUUUUUGGUCUGGUUGGCACUUUAAAUGGGGGGCUUUGUGCUGUCCUCACCCUUGGUGUGAUGGGCAGCGGACUUGUGAUCUCUUCCCCCCCCCCCCCCGUUGCCAAAUCCCUUUGCCCCCUGCAGAAAGCUAAGCCCUUUUAAGUGUUUGCUUCAGGUUUUUAGAGGGUUCUGAACUGGGCCGAGACCCGAAGAAACGUCUUUCAUUCGAAUCUUAAUAGGAGGGGUUAACUUUUUUUUUUAUUUAUUUUGUCGUUGCUGUUUUUCUUUUUAAACCGGUGGCUGUGCAGCUGGACUCUGCACGCGCUGUUGUGAACCUCUGGGAAAACCUCACUCCAGGUACGCUAGAGCACCUAGGUGAAACGCCCCUCCUGGAGAGGGGCCCUGUCCUGCCCCCCCCCUCGCUGCCUUACCCGGGGGCUGCAAAGCCCCCCUCUGCCCCCCUGCCCUGCCCCGAUGCCCCACCUAGGCUCUAGCUGAACGAAUUGAUGCUCUGGUGACUUAGCCCUGUGGACAAGGCUAGUCCCCAGGGGCGAGUUGCUGCAGACACUGCCUGGUAGCACGUGUUUGCGCUGAAAAGCCGCUUCCUCGCUGGGGGGGUUGAGCGUGAGAUCCCCCCCUUCCCUCUCGAGCGCCGCGUCGUCCGUCAGCCCACCCGCGCCAUCCCGACCUGAUCCGUGGCUGUUGCCCCUGCCCGUGAAGGAGGGAGCUGGAAACCUGGGAAAGAGAAAGGAAUUUGGGUGAAGCUUGGAGCUAGAGGUGUGGCUGAGCCUCUGAACUUGCCUCGACUGUAAGGAAUAAUGGUAGAGCCCGUAUUUUUGUGGGGGGAGGGAGGGGAAGGGGAGAUUGUUUUAUUUUCGUGAAAGUUAAUUGAACUUGGUGAUCUUCAGAUGAGGCGCGCACUUGAUUUAUAUCAGAUUCUAUAGAGAGAUCGCUGAUAUUUUUGGAAAGGGAAUGGGUCUAUGCAAACUUCCAAAAUUGCUUGAAAGAUAGUUUAACAUUUUUUUACUUUGAAAAUCUAAAGAUAAAUCUCUAACUUUUUUUCUUAAAGCAGAAGUGCGUUUAGAAAGAGAAGCUACUUCCACUGCUCUAUUUUGAUGAUGAUUCUUGGAAAGUUUGGGCUGGAGGGAAUGACUAUUUUUCACCAUUUUUAUCUUGCUCCUCUAGUUUUUUCUUUUUCUAACGGAAUGCUGUGCCGUCUUUGAUUCAACAGAUCGUGUUUGUAUUUUCUGUAUCUGGUUCCUAACGUAGAGAAAUAACAAAUAUAUGAGGAAAUCAAUAUAAUGUCAAAUGUUGUUAUGGUUUGGGGGAAAAUAAAGGUUUUUGGUACUUCA